GGCGGCUCUCGGCUUUACAGAAAUCGUGGGCAUUUAAUUACAGACCGGAAAUAAGAAAAGAUUGGAGCUUGGCAGCUUGCGAGUAAUACACGAAACCCAGAUCUUGCGGCUCCCGAUUCGUGAUGAUGGGCCCACUUCCGGACGCAGAGAUUUCAUGGAAAUUUUCGAUUAUUAUUAUAUGUUGGAUCCACACAUUUCAAAGAUCAACAGCAGCCCUACAUUUGCAUUCACUUCCUACGUCUCUUAUCUCUCAUUCUCUUGUGUAUCUCUUUGCUUAACCCAUUACUUACUUUUGUUUCUGCUCGCCUCUAUUCGGGUAACUCUGAAUUUCCCUUAUCUUCCCUAUUGAUUUCUGGGUUUUGGCUGUCUUGUGGCUUUGGCUCUUUAGAGGAUUUCAUUCAGAUUUAGUUUGACGGGUGUUCAUUUUGAAUUUGUUUUGCAUCUGGGUACCUCAGAUUUGAUUCACAUCUGGGUUUUGUGUCUUAUCUUCAUUGUUGGUUACUUGAUUUUGGACUUGUUCGAAGUCUUGAUUCUAUUAGUUCGUUCAAAUUUAGGAUCUAAGUCGGUGUUGUUUGUGGGAUUUGUGGUCUCUCAAUGGGCGCUUUGGAUGAGGAGCAUUUUGAUGUGGAGCUUGAGAAUGGAAUGAAACUGGGUUGCCUUGAGUUGGGUCUUGAGGGCGAACCUGAGACUGUUGCUAUUGAGGAUGCAGUGAAAGUUCUGCUGGAGGGUCUGGGAGAGGAUGUCAAUAGAGAAGGUCUUAAGAAGACCCCUCUACGAGUUGCCAAGGCACUUCGGGAAGGAACAAGAGGUUACAAACAAAAAGUGAAGGACAUUGUUCAGGGAGCUUUAUUCCCUGAAGUGGGUUUGGAUAAUGAAGUAGGUCAAGCAGGAGGAGCUGGUGGGCUUGUGGUUGUUCGAGAUCUUGACCACUUUUCAUAUUGUGAGUCUUGCUUGCUUCCAUUUCAGGUGAAGUGUCAUGUAGGUUAUGUACCAUCUGGUCAACGAGUUGUUGGAUUAAGCAAACUAUCUAGAGUUGCUGACAUCUUUGCAAAAAGACUUCAAGAGCCUCAACGCCUGGCAGAUGAAGUGUGUUUAGCUCUGCACUAUGGAAUCAAGCCAGCAGGGGUUGCUGUCGUACUCCAAUGUUUGCAUAUCCAUUUCCCAAAUUUAGAGACAGCAUUUCUUGACCCAAACCAUCAAGGAUGGGUAAAGAUACUGGUUUCUGCAGGUUCAGGGGUUUUUGAAAAUGAAAAUUCUGAUGUUUGGGUUGAUUUUUUGGGCCUUUUGAAAUUCAGGGGAAUUAAUGUGGAGAAAAUUCAGACUAGAGACCCUAUAAAGAGUUGGUGUCCUUCCUGCUCUUCUUCUGGCGCUAAAAUAUCCUCUGAGCUUGCACCAGCCAAUCCUGGAAUGGUUUCUGCAGUGGCUUCAAUACUCAGAUCUUUGGGUGAAGAUCCAUCAAGGAAAGAGCUUGUAGAAACCCCUAGCCAUUUUGUAAAGUGGUUGAUGAACUUCCAGAAUACUAAUUUGGAGAUGAAGCUGAAUGGCUUUGUUUUUGGCAAAACUGAUCCUCAUAAAACCAAUGGAGAAGCCUCCUGCAAUAAAAAACAUAUUCACUCUGAGCUGAACCUGUCCUUCUGGUCACAAUGCGAGCAUCAUCUGCUUCCUUUUCACGGUGUUGUACACAUUGGAUACUUCCGUCCUGAAGGGCUCAAUCCCAUUGGAAAAUCUCUUUUGCAGUCUAUAGUACAUUUUUAUGGUUUCAAGCUCCAAGUACAAGAAAGACUCACCAGGCAAAUCGCUGAGACUGUUUCAUCAAUCUUAGGUGAUGUCAUGGUAGUUGUGGAGGCUAGUCAUACCUGUAUGAUCUCCAGAGGGAUAGAGAAGUUUGGUAGCAGCACAGCAACUAUUGCUGUUCUGGGCCAAUUUUCAAAUGACCCUGCUGCGAGGGCUAUCUUUUUACAGAGCAUUCCAAACAUCACUACAUCUGGAGUAUGAAAAACAUAACUAGAGCAGAAAUGUUACCUCCUAAUCUAUUUCAAGAUUUUGCCGUAGUCAGUGAUGUUGAAAUACUGAUAUGGAAGGAUAAGCUGCCUCAGAUGAUCUUCAUAAAUUGUCACAUUUCAUUAUGGGUUUAUUGGUCGCAGGGAAUUUUUUUUUAGUUGGAAAUUUCAGGAAAGGCACAACCAUGCGGAUGAAAGAAGAAUUUUUUUUUUCUUCAAAUUUUAAUGUCUGUAGCAUUAUUCCUUUAAAAGAAAAUUUCAAGGAUGCCAUUGAUUCAAUAACUACAAAUUUUCACAGGUUUUUCCCUAUACUAUUCUUUUGGCUUUUGCCAAAUAUAGGAAAUCAUUGGAACAUGUGCCCUCUUACAUAAUGUUGAAAUAAGAAAAUAUCAAUGUUUCACUCUUCUUGCCCUACUGGUUUUAUCUUGUUCUGAGUAACAUGUAUGUGGAAAAAACGCUGCUUUUUCAUGUUUGGUUCAAUGGAAUGUAUGCAAGGGUUCUGGUGGUGCUUUCUUUUCCCCUUUUCCUAUCUGAAUCUCGUGCCAUCACUUAUAAACAUGUUUCUAACUA